UAGUGAAACCGCAUCUUCGUCCACCUCGUUUUCUGGCUCUGAUGUAGGGUGUGGUACUGACUUUCUUGGGCUGCGACUCGUCAUCAACGGGGUACCAUUUCUGGGCCUUCUGAGCCGGGUGAGGCACGGUCCUCUGGCCCUUUCCAAACUGCUUCGUCUGGCCAACAGUAGAGUCCGACAUAUUGGCUGCUGGGGACGAAGGUGGUCUGAAAAGAAUGUAGGGGGAGGGUGGUGGUUGUCGACGGCGGGUGGUUGUUGGAGUUGAUGUGUGACUUGCUACUUGCGCCCCAGGACGGGAAAGUCGCUCUCUACGAGCCUAAGGCACCCGCUUCCCGCCUUCCCUUCGGUCGUCCGCAGACACCCACCGCGCAAACCCAAGCUAUCCAUUCACAUUGUUGCGGGUACCACCCAACUGACGUACAUUGCUGGAUCAGCUUCUGCCGUCAAUCCUCAAACCACCUCUCGCCCGCUGCCUUAGAAGUGCCAUCAUCCUCUAACUCCAACCAGCAGGGAUCUGUACAUACUCACAAAUACCUUGCCACUCUCCUUCACUUAGACGACUACACCAUCAUGUCUAUAGCUCCGAUCAUUACCUUCAAAGCGGGUAUCUGUGACCUGGAGGCGUCCGGUGAACCUCCCGUUGUCAGACCCAAGUCGACCCCCGGAUACAUCUAUCUUUACUCCGAAGAUGAGCUGGUACACUUCUGUUGGCGUCCCAGGUCUGCUCCCCACACGGAGCCCGAGCUCGACCUGGUCAUGGUCCCCUCCGACGGAAGCUUCGUUCCCUACAAGCCUGCCGGUAAUGCGGUGCCUACCAAUGGUCGCAUUUACGUCUUGAAGUUCUCCUCGAGCUCCCAACGGUACCUCUUCUGGCUACAGUCCAAGACGCAACACGAGGAUGGAAACCCGAGCUGGUUCAGCCAGAGGGAUCUUAGACUGGGAGAGAUUGUCAACGGGCUGCUCCAAGGUGAAGAGCUGGAUGUGGAGCAUGAAAUUGCCAACCUUCCCCGGGGCGGUCCUUCGGGCGGCGAUGAUGACGAGACAAUGGAGGAUGUCGAAGGUGUGGACCAUGACCCGAACCACAAUCACGGAGGCAACAGCGGAGGGGCAGGCCCGGAUGCCACGGGCGGUGAUAUCCGGGAGGAAGGCCAAGGAUCGAGGGAGGGUGGUGCCGAUGGUGGAAGAGCGGCGGCUGCUGACUCGAAUCCUUCAUCUGUCGUGCAGAGCUUCCUGCAGUCUUUGGGGGGCCCACGGCAAUCCCAAGACCCCGAGAGGCAUUUCACUACUCUGCAAGAUCUCCUUUCCCCUUCGACUACAGUGGCCUUCUUGGGGUCUGCGGACGAGAAAACCGUUGACAAUAUGUUGAGCUUCUUGCCCCCGUCGUUGCUGCUCCUGGCACAGGAAAACGAUCCAGAAGAGGCGGCGGCGGCAGACCAGGACCCUGACAUCGCUCAAGCAGCUCUGGGAUCCCUCGAUCUCACGCAAAAGAAAGAAAUUCUUCGCAAAGUUCUACACUCGCCUCAAUUUGCGCAGAGUCUAGCAAGCUUGACGGUGGCGAUAAGAGAUGGCGGAUUACCGAGCAUCAGCGAAGCCCUAAAGAUUCCGGUUGCAAAUGGAGGAUUUAUGCGGAGGGGAGGAGUUCCAUUGGGUGGUGGUGAUGCCGUCGAGGCAUUUCUCCAAGGCGUUCGGGAUCAUGUCAAGGAUCCAGCUCAAGGAAACCGUAUGGACACUGAUUGAUUGGUCGAAAUAGCAAGCAGUGAUUAUAUUUUUUUUUCUUUUAUUUUUUUUUUUUUUCGGAUCCUGGACAGGCAGCCUUCCUGUGACUAUCCAGCCGUGUUUUAAAAUCCAUUAGCGGCCUUGCAUGGAUGUCUCAUCCCUCCGUAGAGACAGGACUUGUCAUGGGUUAUUUUUGGAUGCGGUGGGUGGGGUCAACUGCAUUGGUAGGCAGCAUG